AUGCCAGGUGGCGGUAAUGAAGGUGGUUCAACUGGUACUGGUGGUACAACUGGUACGACAUUUCGAGCUACGAUUGACAACAAUGUUCCAUUACCAGCACCAUUUACAAAUGACAACAAUUGGAUUGUGUACGCGGACAAAUUGGAGCAAUAUUUCUUAGCUUUCAAAAUAGUCGAUGACAAUCAGAAAAGAGCGAUUUUGUUGACAUCGCUGGAUGAAUACGUCUACGAAAAGCUCACAGAUUUAUGUUUUCCAGAGGUGCCAGGCUCGAAGACGUAUAAGGAUGUCUGCGCGGUGAUGAAAGAAAAUUUUACGAAACAAGUCUGUGUGUUCAUCGAGAGGCUAAGAUUCUACGAGGCAAAACAAGCGGCCAACGAAGGUGUGAACGAUUACACGGCAAGAUUAAAGAAGCUGUCGAGAUAUUGUGGCUUCGGCAAUUAUUUUAAGGACGUAUUACGGGAUAAAUUCGUGUGCGGAUUAUCAAGAGGUCCUGUAUUCGACAAGGUUUGUGAAAAGAAAGGCGAUACCACCUUCGAGGAUCUGCUAAAGGUAGCAUUAGCGAAGGAGUUGGCGGUGAAGGAACGCAGGGCAGCAGAGUCCUUGGACGUUUGUAAAAUCGAACACCCGAAACCCAGUCAAUCGAAAUAUUCGAAGAAUUCCAAUAAGUCAGACAAAAUGAGCAAAGGAAAUUGCUAUGCUUGUGGUGAGUCGAAUCAUUUGUUUAAAUCGUGCAAGUACAAGGAGUACAAAUGCAAAAUAUGCAAAACAACGGGCCACUUAGCUAAGGUUUGCAAGCAGAAGAAUAAAAAGCAAACUCAACCGAAGCAAAACAAUUUCAUCGAUCUGGAAGACGAAUCAGAGCUCAAAUAUGUCGAUUUUGUUCGAAGCAAGAAGCAACCGAGGCAAAACAAUUUCAUCGAUUUGGAGGACGAAUCAGAUUUUGAACGGUUGACUGUUAAAUACGUUGAGUUGGAGGUAAACAAUUUGAGUGGAUCGGAAGCAGACGAGAACAUUUUUACGAAAUUAUCCAUUCGGGAUAGACAACAUCAGUUCGAAGUCGACACUGGAUCACCGAUAUCAGCGUGUUCGGUGGACUUCUAUGAACGGAACUUUCGAGACAUCCCACUGCAGCCAUUUGUCGGAGGGUUGAGGUCAUACAACAAGACCCCGAUUGAAAAUCGUGGAUUUUUCGAAGUGGAAGUGAAGUUUAAGGCAGCAACGCACAAAUUACGUCUUGUGGUUAUCGUCAAUGGAGGCGACCCGUUGAUCGGUCGGGACUUCUUGAGGAAAAUAAAGCAACAGAAUUGUCAUGGAAUUGUCAAUAACCUCCAGUGCAGCGAUGCUGAUAUCCAACGAUUAAUCAAUGAAAACGGACAACUUUUUCGUAAGGAAUUGGGCUGUUACAAAUACGGUAAAGUACGACUGGAAAUGAAAAGUGAAGCGAAGCCGGUUUUUUGCAAGGCGCGUCCGGUGCCGAUAGCCUUCCAGAAUGAAGUGUCAAGACAAAUAUCCGAGAAGGUCCGCAACGGUAUUUUGAAACGAGUGGACUAUUCGGAGUGGGGAACGCCUCUGGUGUCAGCGCCAAAGCCAAACGGUGGUCUACGGGUUUGUGGCGAUUAUAGUGUCACAGUGAACCCACACCUCAAGCCAGUCACGUACGCAUUGCCGCUUGUGGAAGAUUUAUUUGCGUCACUAAAUGAAGGUGAGUCAUUUUCUAAAAUUGAUUUGACUGACGCUUAUUAUCAGUUGGAGCUAGAAGAGGACAGCCAGAAGUUAUUAGCAUGGAGCACUCAAGAAGGAAUUUUCGUGCCGACGAGAAUGCCAUUCGGAAUUAGUCCAGCAUGUUCCAUAUUUCAACAAGUUAUUUCGAAAACGUUACAAGGAUGUAAAGGCGCGAUUUGUUGUAUGGACGACAUAUUGAUCACUGGACGGAACAGGGUCGAGCAUCUGGGAAAUUUGAGCGAGGUGUUCAAGAGAUUGUCUGAUGCGGGGUUUACACUGAGAGCUGAAAAGUGUGAAUUUUUUAAGGAAAGAGUCAAAUACUUGGGGUACAUCAUCGAUAAGAACGGCUUGCACAAGGAUCCGCAGAAAAUCGAAGCGAUGGUCAAUGCACCAAAACCGAAAAAUAUUUCGGAGCUAAAAUCAUUCGUCGGAUUAGUCAAUUUUUAUUCACGAUUUUUUCCCAAUCUGGCUCAAGUUUUGGGACCGAUUUACGACCUGUUGGGAAAAGACAAAAAAUUCGAUUGGACGCAAGAGUGCGACAAAGCAUUUGAAUUGGUGAAAUCGGUAAUUGCAUCGGACAAAGUUUUAAUCCACUACAACCCCAAGUUGCCUGUCAGACUAGUUUGUGACGCGUCGGUCUACGGUAUCGGAGCAGCAAUUUUUCACGUGUUGGAGGACAACACAGAACGACCAAUAGCAUUUGUGUCCCGUAAGCUGAGUAAAGCGGAGAAAAAUUAUUCGACACCGGACAGGGAGGCAUUGUCAAUUUAUUUCGGGACGAAAAGGUUCGCCCAUUAUCUGAUUGGUAGAAGGUUUUCCCUUAAGACUGAUCACCGGCCGUUGCUAGCAAUUUUCGGAUCGAAAAAAGGAAUUCCACCAAUGGCAGCAGGACGAUUACAGCGAUGGGCAUUGUACCUGGCGAAUUUCACGUUCGACAUCGAACAUAUAAAGGGAAGAGAUAACGCGAUAGCCGAUUUUCUAUCACGUUUUCCAACCGAGGAGUCAGACGAUGGAGUGCCAGAUGUGUGCUACGUGAAUUUCUUAACAACAACCGCCGAAAAUUUGGUCGAUUGUGAAAUAGUCAGAAAGGAGGCAGCAAAGGACGAAGUUAUCGGCAGAGUCAGCCAAUUUGUUCGAGAAGAAUGGCCGAUUGGAAUUGAGAAGCAGACUGAGUUUAGAAAUUAUUGGUUGAAGAAAGACGAGCUUACCAUGGAAAACGGAGUGCUAAUGUGGGGCUAUCGAGUAGUUAUCCCGACGUCAUUGAGACAAAGGCUUUUGUCCGACCUGCAUGCGGCGCAUUCCGGUAUUGUCAAAAUGAAGGCUAGAGCGAGGUCGUAUUUUUGGUGGCCGAACAUUGAUCAGGAUAUAGAGAAUGUGUCACGUAAGUGUGUCCAAUGUUUGACUAAUGCUCCGAAUCCUCCAAAGGUACCGCCUUCGCCGUGGGUGGAAACCGACGCACCGUUUCAACGGAUUCAUUCCGACUAUCUGGAGCUUCGAAAGAAAGUGUUUUUGAUCAUCACGGACAGUUUUUCAAAGUGGCCGGAAGUUUACCAAGUAACAUCCAUGGAAGCAAGUGUGGCAAUUCGAAAAUUUCGAGAAUAUUUUGCUCGUUAUGGGUUACCAGGACUCAUUGUGACCGAUAAUGGAACGCAGUACAUCGCAAAGGAAUUUGCAGAUUUUUGUACGCAAAAUGGUAUCCGUUGCAUGACUACAGCGUCAUACAAGCCACAAUCGAAUGGACAAGCCGAAAAUUCCGUUAAGUCAUUCAAGGAUGGAAUUAGAAAGGCUUGUGACGACCCGGCAAACCGAAAUACUCCACUAGAGACAAUCAUCGAACGUUACCUAUUCUUCUACCGGAGUUCAACACACUCAACCACAGGAGAGACACCGCAUAAAUUGUUGUUUGGUCGAGAAAUGUCUACGCACUUCGACCGAUUGAGACCGUCAUUUCUGAAGGACCUUCGUUCACGUAUAGAGCAACGCAUCAACGAGGACCGACAUCGAAAAAAUCCGGUUCAAAGACACUUCAACGUGAACGACGAGGUUAUGCUAAAAGUGUUUGGCAAAAAUAAAUCGUCGUGGCAGAGAGGCAUCGUAAAAAAAAGGCUCGGUGUCAACAUGUACCUAUGCGAGUUGAGUGGAGGGAAGUUGGUCAAAAAACAUUCGGAUCAAAUUCAACGAGGAAAGUUGGCAGCGUCAAUCGACAGUUCCACCAAUAACCAGUCGAAACCGCCGACGACAUUGAAGACUCGGUCUGGGAAGGUUUAUUCGCGGAACUAA